AUGACAGCUACAAGAAGGUUGCGAAAAAUAACCGUUUCCGUGCGUAAGAAUCGGCAACAAAAACCGAACAGGAAUGACUAUAGUGUGAAUGCCUCCCCGUGUCCACCCGCGCAAAAAAACAUCUAUGAGAUUGUAUCACCAAGAGUGAAAGCAACAGCAGUAGUGGAUAAAUUGACCAUGCUAUAUGGUGCUGCUAAUGCCAGUGUGGAGCAAAUCGCUGCAUUGAUUCAACAAUUGCAAAUCGAAACCUGA